GAUGGCGACCCCCAUACCCACAACAAAUGACUUCACACAGUUCUUCGAAGAUGUUGUACCUCCCGAAUCUUUUGAUGAAAAGAAGGCUCAGAUGGAUUCGUUCAUCAAGUCUCAAUCCGAGUGCAAGAGGAAGAUUGUUCUUAUCACUUCUGGAGGUACGACUGUUCCCUUGGAGAGUCGAACUGUACGCUUUAUUGACAACUUCAGUAUCGGGACCAGAGGUGCAACGUCUGCAGAAUAUUUCCUGAAGCAGGGCUAUGCUGUUUUGUUUCUACAUCGCCAAAGGUCACUUCAGCCUUUCUGUCAGAGAAUUGACCGCAAUGUUCUGGAUGAUCUGCACGUGUCCACCGAUGGUUCAGAUACUGUUACAGCCAGAACACAAGAUCCAGUCAUCAGAAGGAGCCCUCCAGCUGACCCUAGAGAUGACCCCAAAGAUGCUCAAACCCUUGGUCAAGGAGUGGGUGCCCCAAGCCUUCAUCGUGUCUUUUAAGCUGGAGACAAACCCAUCCCUGCUGAUGGAGAAGGCGAGGGGGGCUCUGCGGAGGUACCAGCACCAGAUGGUCAUCGCCAACAUUCUAGAAACGAGGAAAAGGGAAAUCUUCAUAGUGACCUUGAACUCAGAGGAGGAGAUUCGACUCAGCGAAGCAGACAUCCAGUCAGGGAGAGAGAUUGAGGAGCCGCUGAUUCAGAAACUGUCGGAGUUUCACUCGAAUUUGCUGUCCUCGCAGCCUGCUACGUAAAGUAAAUCGUUCUAAAAAUAGCAGUUACUGGUUCCUGUUGGAGAAAGUGGUUGAGGGUCAAAGGAUGACACAAAUGGUGCCUUUUGAAGUGGUGACAAUUAUGUUGGACUCGAGUUCGAUUUUUCUAUAUUGCUUUAUUUCAUUUAAGUUUGAAGCUUUUAAUUAGAAAUAGUUAUAAUAAUUGGAAAUUAAUUAAUUAGAAAUUUAGACAUAGUGGGCAGAUGAGGCAAAGGGAGAAAAGGAAUAACUCACAGAGAGAAUUUGAAUCGAUCUGUGAUGGGAAAAGACCAAGGGUUUUUGAGAGCAUCUGAGCAGAGAAAUAGUUGUAUAGCGUACAGAGUAUGCUUCAGAACGAGGAUAUGUGCUAUAUAAAUGCGGUUAUUAUUAUUAUGAUUAUUAAGGAGGGAUGGACCAUGAUCGCUGAUAUCUGUUUCAGUUUUGAAACUUGAAAAAGAAGGAAAAACUAGAAGUAGAAAAAGGAGUUGAGGAUGGGGCAGAAGAAGAAAAA